ACUAAAGGUCUCAGUCCAAUACACGAUGAACACGGAGCCUAUGUUAACCACCUUGCUGAGCACGCGCAUCGCCACAACCCCAUUCCUUGACGACAUUAUGGACGAAACUAAAGGUCCCCAAGUGAGUAUGACUGUCGAUACUACCACUACUGACGAAAAUAUAGAACCCGUAGGAUUGGAGGGGUCGGCCGACGAUAGAAACAUGAUUGACUACGAGCCCCUCGCAGCUCUGGGACCGCUCCCGGACGAUGAUCAAGACGAGCAGAUAGACGAUGCAUCGCAAGUUGAUCCCGUGGAACCAUUGGACCUCGGAGAUGUCGAGAUGGGUGACGAAAUCUUGGUAACCGUUGAGGAUUCUGUGGCCGCCAACGAGCCAGACUUCGAAGAGAUGGAAUUUUCCGAGGACGAGAUACUUGAGGGUGUACAGGAAAACAUCACCGAGCCCACUCAAGCUGAAACGGUAGAAAAGUCAGACACGGAGCCUAUUCUUGAUCUCAUUGCCGAACCAUUACCAGAACCCCAAGCCAAUGACGUUGGGGAGAUUCUUGAAUCUGCCGGCACUAGGCAAGAUAACUUCGAGUUAGCAGCCGAGGGCUACGAAGAGAAUGUUCAGUUAUACCAGGAGUCAGAGGACGUAACUGAAGAGGCCUACGAAACGGGAGAAGCCGCAGAUGCGGAGGCCCCUGACACGGAGGAACAAUCUGAGGAAGCGCUAGAGGCAGAGAUCUGGAGACUUGAACAAGAGCUCGAGCAGGAAGAGCGGAGACAAAGCAUUCAUAGUGCUGAUGAGUCGGAAGUCUCUCUGGACGAUAUUCAAGAAGAUCACGGUCUAGAAUCCUCGGUUCCAAUCACCUUGCAAACGAACGACACCGAGUAUCAGCUAAUGCCGCACAGUUCCAGAGGUGACAGCAGCCACUUGCCCAUAUUGAUGGAAGAUGCGUCUGCCUGUCGUCUCUCACUUGAGGGCCUCUUUGUUGCCCUUAGAGAAGUGUUCCGCGUGAACGGAUCCGCAUUCAAAGUGGAUGAAGAAUUAGUGCUUGAGUUUCACGAAUUGAACUUGUUUGUCAAUGAGGACCACGUAUACGCCCGUGACUUGACUUUAAACGACAUUGUGUACAUCUUCCAGGGAUUGAAGCAAAACUCGCACAAGAAUGGCCAAGAAUGCCCCUCCUCUCUCACUCUUAUCCUCCACUCUCAGGCCAGAUUUAUCACCGGGUUUAACGCGUUGACUGAACUAGUCGGUCAGGGUAAGGGUUUUGCGGAUAUGGGUACGUUUCCCGGAGAUAACGAAGCCAGGCAAGUUGAGGUUGCAGUUGUCACUAUUGAAGAUCCAAAGAUGGAUCCAUUCGAAGAUGAAUUGGAUGGAGCUGCAUUGAAAGAUGGUGUGAACAAGGACGAGGAGGAGGCUACGGUAGCCGAAGGCCAGUUUGAAGGAGCUUCAGCUGUCAAGGGGUCUAAACCAGCACCGGAAGAUACGAGUCGUGCAAACCUGUCUGAUGAAACCCACAUUAUCCAAACUGUCACCGAGCACGUACUUGCCGGUUCCGUCGCUAAUAUCUCUGAAAACUCCCAGCUUGAAACCAAAAAGCGGUCAAUUCCUGAUCAAGCUGGCGACGACACGGAGAAUGGAUCGGAAAAUGCGACAAAGAAGACCAAAAGAGAUGAAUAAUCCACCACCUGUUACGUAUGGGUGUGUUCGUAAUUACCACAUCGUUUUCAAAACAAAAAUACAAAAUGUCUCAGAAAAUACUCUAGCAAACGGUACUUUUUCUUUAUAAAGAUACGUAUAUAUCCAUUUCUUGUCAGAUAUUUAUAUCGACCUAAUACAAUCCAGCGUAU